CAGCUUACUAAAUUUUCCAUUGCAAAAUCUGGACCUUGUAUCAUUUGACUUGACGUUACUGGCUGAUGGAAACCGGAGUUGAUAACAAAAAAACAGGUGAACAUGAUUUUCAACAGGCAUCUCAAUUAAAGGAAGAAGAACAAGAAAGAACAAACAAUAGCAAUUUGGAUGAAGCUCAUCCUUCAUCACCAUCACAAUCCCGAAAACCAUCUAGUGCACUGGAAUCAUCACAAAGCAAACCAUCUGCAUCUGAGACUAUCCCCACAAAUGUUGAAUCACAAACACCAGCAGAAUCUGGUGAAGAUGAUGUUCCCAAUAGUUCUAUGCCAAAACAUGAACAUGGUGAUGUGGUAGUUAGGGCAAACAACCAAGGAGCAGAAAUACAAAACCCUCCAGUGCAAGUGAUGGAGCGUUCAGGUGAAUCAGGAGCCUCUCCUCGGUAUGUUUUUCCAUCCCAUGUCUUCUCAAAUAGCAACGCAAACUCCACGGUGGAAUGGAGCACUGCCUCCACUGAAUCACUGUUCAGCAUCUACAUGGGAAACAUGAGCUUCUCAAAUGAAUUGAUUUGUUUUAAAUCCGGAGAGUUGGAUAAGCCUGGUGAUGUAUGCAUGCAUGAUCAGACUAAUGCUUCACCAACUCACCAGCCAGAUGCCCAAGCAGAAAACAAAUUCAAUGAUAUCAGCAAAAGAACUUAUGAACUGCAGUUACUACACGAAAAAAGUUCGAAGGCUGCUGAAGCAAAAGCUGCUGAGACAAUGAGAGAGGUUAUAAUGGAAAGUAGUCAAACCACAGAGAAUGUUGGUAAAGGGGAUGAUAAGGCUUCCAAUUUCCAUCGCCAGUCAAAUGGCAGCGCCAGUUCCUACGCGUUUCAAUCGUCGAAAGGUCGAGAUAGAAGUGUUUCAUCCAAGGGUGCUGGAGAGAAGCAAAAUCAACAGAAGCAGCCAGAUGAAGAUGAAGCACCAAGUGCAGCUGAUCAGGCCCCGAAAUCAUCCACAAAUGCACCUAAUAAAUGGCUGAAUUGCUUUUCGUGCUGUAUUUGCUGUAAUUAGGACACAUUAAGAGAUCAUUACAAUACAUCAAAGUCUCUUGUCUUUUGACAUAACCGUUAACCAUUUCUAUGUCUUAUUAAGUUAGCACCAUGCACAAUCUACAUAGCAGGGUAGCUCUAGUCAGUUAGUUUUAAUUCUACUUUUAUUUGUCAUGUUUCUUCUGUACAAUCCUAGUUUUGAAAUCAGAGUCAAAAUUUCUUAUUUACUUUGUAUAAUAGGUUGUUAGUUUAAUAGUAGUAUUAACAGGUUAACAAAGAAACACCAGAGGUAAUUCUCAUGGUAUUCCAUUGCAAGCUUGUAAUCUCC